AUGAAAAUUAUCCAAGUGACUCUAAUCGUUGCUGUGUUCAUACCAGCAAUACUCUGCUCACGAUUCUCGCAAGAACUUUUGCGAGAACUUCUCAUGGAAGAGCGUGCAAUAGCACAAGCAACUUCAUCGUGCAACUGGAUCACAUAUGAUUUGGACAAAAGCGUUGAUUAUAAUAAUAUUGCCUAUAAAUGUGACUCGGUAACAUUAGUCGGUGGAUAUUGUAUUCUUAAAUGGUCUGAUGCCGUCAAGUUAUGCAGCUCAGAUCCAAAAUGUGAUGGAUUAUCUUUGACUACUAAUAGAAACUGGCAUAAUGCAUACGACAAAGAUAACGAACCUGCAGUGCAUCUCUACACAGCAGGAUCAGGCCAGGCUUCAACCAAUAAAGAGUGGUAUGCUCUGAAAAAAAAUUGCUGGCAUUUCAACACAUAA